AUGGGAACCUUACCCGAAACAAAACAAGCUGCCCAAACUCUUCCAGAUGCCUGGGACUACAAGGGCCGCCCCGCCGUCAAAUCCUCCUCCGGCGGCUGGACGAGCGCCGCCACAAUCCUCGUGGUGGAGGUAUGUGAGAGGCUGACCACGCUCGGCAUAGCCGUGAAUCUGCUGACGUACAUGACGGGCACCAUGCAUUUGGGCAAUGUCACCGCCGCUAACACCGUUACCAACUUUCUCGGCACCUCUUUUAUGCUCUGUUUGCUCGGUGGAUUCAUAGCCGAUACUUACUUGGGAAGAUAUUUGACCAUUGCCAUCUUCGCCACUGUUCAAGCAACGGGAGUCACGAUACUCACGGCGUCGACCAUAGUCCCCGGCCUGCGGCCGCCGAAGUGCGCCGCCGGAGAGCCCUGCGUCCCGGCGAACAGCAAGCAGCUGACCGUCCUCUACCUAGCUCUGUACUGUACGGCCCUCGGCACCGGCGGCCUGAAGUCCAGUGUGUCCGGGUUCGGGUCGGACCAGUUCGACGAGUCCGAUCCGGGUGAGAAGAAGCAGAUGAUGAAGUUCUUCAACUGGUUCUUCUUCCUCAUCAGCAUCGGGACCCUGGCGGCGGUGACGCUGCUGGUGUACGUGCAGGACAACCUCGGCAGGGAGUGGGGCUACGGGAUCUGCGCCUGCGCGAUUCUGGUCGGGCUCAUCGUCUUCCUGUCCGGCACGCGUCGGUACCGGUUCAGGAAGCUCGUGGGGAGCCCGCUCACCCAGAUCGCCGCCGUGUGCGUGGCGGCGUGGAGGAAGAGGGGGCUCGAGUUGCCGGUGGACCCUGCGUUGUUGUACGAAGUCGAUGAUGUGGUCGGGGAAGGUGGCGACGGCGGGAAGAAGAGCAAGAAGAAGCAGAAGUUGCCGCACACCAAGCAAUUCCGAUUUCUGGACAGGGCAGCAAUCAUCGAAACUGCCACCCGACUACAUGAGUUCCCAACGGCACCACACACGAACUACAACAACAACAACAACCGAUGGCGCCUCUCCACCUUAACCGACGCCGAGGAGGUGAAGCUCGUGAUCCGUAUGCUCCCGACAUGGGCCACCACGAUCCUCUUCUGGACCGUGUACGCCCAGAUGACCACCUUCUCGGUCUCCCAGGCCGUCACCAUGGACCGCCGCGUGGGCCCCACCUUCGAGAUCCCCGCCGCCUCCCUCACCGUCUUCUUCGUCUCCGCCAUCCUCCUCACCGUCGCGUUCUACGACCGCGCCCUCGUCCCCGUAUUCCGGAAGCUUCUACACAACCCGCAGGGUCUCACCCCGCUCCAGCGCAUAGGGACGGGCCUCGUCCUCUCCAUCCUGGCCAUGGCCGCCGCAGCACUCACGGAGGUUCGGAGGCAGCGGUGGGCCCACGCGAAGGACCAGCCGGCUAGCGUUUUCUGGCUGGUGCCGCAGUUUGUGCUGGUGGGGUCGGGGGAAGCGCUGACGUACAUGGGGCAGCUGGAUUUCUUCCUGAGGGAGUGUCCGGGAGGGAUGAAGACGAUGAGCACGGGGCUUUUUUUGAGCACGCUGUCGUUGGGGUUUUUCGUGAGCUCGGUUCUGGUGAGCGUGGUGCACAGGGUGGCGGGGGGCGGUGCGAGGCCGUGGCUGGCGGAUGAUCUCGAUAAAGGGAGGCUUUAUAAUUUUUACUGGCUGCUGGCGGGGUUGAGUGCUGUGAAUUUGGGGGUGUUUUUGGUGAAUGCGAGGUGGUAUGAGUAUAAGGAGAAGAGGGUUGAAGGGGAGGAGAGUAGUGAAGGGUGUAGUAGCAGCCAUUGA